GACGUUUUCCGCCGCGGAGAUGGCGGCCGCGAAUUGUAUGAGGCUGGUUGGUAACUGGAAUUGGUGUCGGAUCCGGACUGCUGUGUCUUCUCUGGCAUUCACAGCAAGAUAUCAGAGUUCUCAAAAUAAGGCACUGCAACCAAGAAAAGAAGCAGUAACAUCGUUAUCAAAACCACCAUGGCCUGAGAUUAAGUUACCCGAUCCCGUGGAAGAAGCAAAACAUCACUUGGAGGUUGUACAAAAUGUAAAGGCAUUGAUCGCCACAGGAGCGUAUGGCAGACUGUUUGCAGUUGUACACUUUGCAAGUAGACAAUGGAAAGUAACCAAUGAAGACUUAAUUCUGAUAGAAAAUCAUAUUGAAGCGGACUGUGGAGACAGGAUCAGACUAGAAAAGGUUCUGUUAGUUGGCGGGGAUAAUUUCACACUUAUCGGAAGACCACUUCUUGGGCGAGACCUUGUACGAGUGGAAGCGACAGUCAUUGAGAAGACAGAAUCUUGGCCUAGAAUACACUUCAGAUUUAAACGUAGGAAGCGUUACCGGAGGACAAAAAUAAAUGUGCAACCUCAGACUAUUCUCAGAAUCAACACAAUUGAGGUUGCUCCAGCUCUGGACUGAGAGUACUGGCAAUUUUGAGUCCCCAAGGCUAAAAGAAAGAGGGCAUUGUAUAAACCUAGAGAUCCAGAUACAUGAACUGCAUUUCCAGUACCUUGCAAUCAUUUGUAUGCAUUAUCGUUUAAGUUGUUUCCAUACUGAAUUUAAAUUUCUGUUGCUUGAAGUCCUUUACACGUUCUUUUCUCAGUUACCUCUACUAAAGUACUGCAACAUGUGAAAAUAAAUAUUUUUAUUGAAUCUGAUUCCUGAAGUCCUCUUUAAAUGUUGUUAGGAAUUUGACCCAACACAGGGAGAUCUGCAUCAUAGGUCAAUGAGACUGGGCUAGUAGACUAUAAAGUCAAUGUUCUCUAUAAGUGAUCAUGCUGCAAUACAAGUUUACUUGUUGAUAGACAUGCAAACCAUCAUUGGUAAUAAUAGAAUAUUUGUUAUAUUACAUUGAAAUUAACUGACAGGGCCAGUAAUUUUCAGUGUGAAUCUGAAUAGGUAAAUAUCAACGAGCAGUUCAUACACAGCCAUGCUUUACAUAAUUUCUCACUCUGUCAUUUCAAUUUGAUAUUUUUCCCCUUGUGUCCAAGUAGCAGUGUGCUUUGUUCAUUGUGUCAACAUUACUGCAGGCAGAACAAAAAUACUUGAUGGCUUUCAUAAAAGAAAAUUUGAGAGGAAAACUGAAAAACAGUCCUCUGAUGACUGGAAAAGCAAUUGGAAAAUCCCAUUCUAUGAAAAAUAAAUUUGAACUGGAGAUCUGUUGAUUAGUUACUUAAUAUUUCAAAUUGUAUCUGAGAUAAAGACGGAGAAUGCUGUGGAAAAUCUCAGCAGGUCAGGCAACAGCUGUAGAAAGCAAAAUAGUUAACAUUUCUGCUUGCAGCCCCUUCAGCAUUUUCUUAUUUUUAUUUGUAUUUUUAUUUGUGUUUAUUUUUAACUUCAGAUUUCAGCAUCUGCAGCUUUUUGAUUUUCAGUAACUAGGAUGUUUUGGUUUUCGCAGACACAAAUGUAACUCAGCUUGUAUAAAGGAAGUUGAGGAUGGGGGGUUAGGAAGAAAUGAAUUACUAAUGUACUAUAGACAAAAUCAAAUGAAAUUCUCAUCAAUAAAUUAAUCUGCAUGGGGCAAGUUUCAAGGAUUAAAAUAGCCGUUUUGAGACAAUGUUUUAAGUAAUUCCUUUUAUUUGCUAUUUUUAAAAUAAAUCUAUUUUAACAUGAUCAAAUUCCUAGACAAACUGUACUAAAAUAAACAAGAAUCCAUUGGCAAUAUCUUUACUAGUACCCCAGUCUAACAAAUACUAUUGAAAAUAAAAGAACUUGCAUUUACUUAGACCAUGAUGCAUCUGUAUGAAGCUCACGAGAAACAAACACCAAAGGAGAUUAAUGAACAGUAUGUCCAAUAACAUUAUGAAACAAUAUAUCUGUUUUUGUUAUUGAUUAAGGAAAGUGUUGGUCAGUGACUGGUUCAUAUUAUAAAGCAAUCUUGAAGAUAUGUCUCAACAGAGGAGUAAUAUUUACUUAAUUCUAUAUUGCAGUACCACAGUCCCUCUACUUCACCAGCUUAGAUUAAACCCUUCAGUGUGGAAUAGUAGCUUAGCCAUGGGGGUUGAUAGCACUGUAGUUAAAUUUCCAAAUAGGUUUCCCAACCUGAUCAGGAGAUGCUAGUUCAAAUCCAUCAUAACAACUGGAGAAUUUAAAUUCAAGUUAAUUAUCUAAAUCUGAAAUUAAUCACAGUAUUGAUUAUAUUAAAGGACAGUAUUUUUAUAAAUAAAAAUCUUUCUAGUUUAUUUUAUUAUCUGAUCCAGCCAUGGCAACCCCCAAAACCACUAUUGAAAUGUACAAUCGUGAAUGCUUGUCAGCAUUAUUACUGACAUCCACGUAAGUUAAUGAUUUAUUCGUUCAUCUACUGGCUCAGAAGCAAGGCUACUAGUAAUUAAGCUACGUCAAUAAUUAUGAGGAAAAUAAAAGCAGUUCCUAUGAUUGUGUCUGCAGUUAAUAAUUGGAGUUCCCGAGACACAUGUAGUCUGUUAUAUAAUUAAUUCAAUCUUUGUUUUUAAAAGAAAUUUGGAAAUUGGAAACUUAGUUCAUUAGAAGUCAUCGCAAAGCUGUCAUUACAAGUACUUCCAAGCCAUUAACUACAUUUCUUUUCUAAUCUGAUCUUUAUGUCACUCUAGUAUUAUAACAGCAAUUCAAUCCUCAGGCCUGAAGUGUCUGAAAAAUCAAUCAGUAAUAUUAAAUAACUUACACAGCAUCAUUGCUGCAGUCCAGGUAAGCACCGACCACCAGUUCUAAAGCAUCUAAAGAAUAGCCUUUAUCAAUAAUGAAUGAAAAGGAAAAGCAUGGGAUAUGGCCCAGCUAAAGUCAAUAGCUUUGGUACCUAAGAGGAGAGGAUAUUUAUUGUUUCAUUUCUCUUAGCCUGAGAUCACUAGAAUUGAUUGAAUGCAUUGUGCAAUUUUAACAGCUGAGGGAAAGAAACAAAAGAGUAUUUCAUGAAUUUUUUCAUAACAUAUAUAGGCCUAAAAUCAUGUUUUUUUUCAAAUAUUACAAGCCAUUUCAGAUUUUAAUAUAAAUUGUAAAAUAAAUGAAAAUAUCUCCCUAUAAAAUUUCCUAUGAUAUUCCACAUUAAGUUUUUCUUUGCAUUUAAUGCAACUUUUUUUGCGAGUUCCUCAAGAUUGAUAAGUUGCUACAUAAAUGCAAGUUCUUUGUAAGUGAUGGGGAUACACUGACAGCUACAGCCAAUAUAUCUGAAGUUGCACAAAUGCAUGGCUGUCCACCAGAUACAUGUCAGCAGAAAUAAAUACUUUGAUGGAUAGUAAUCAUGGCUCAAUUUCUGUCAAAACACAAAUUCACAUUACAUUUCUGACGGGUGAUAAAUACUUUAUACACAACUUCUGGACAUCUACACAUUGACAUAUAUAAAAGAUUAAAACUCAAAACCAUUCAUUGGAUUGGGCAGUAACUGAGUCAUACAAAACAUCCCCCAUAUUUUAGAAUUAACUUCUGAUGAAAGGUCCUUAAACAUGUAACUUUAACACUUAUAAAACAUUGCCUGAUCUGAAUAUUUCCAGCAAGUUCUGUUUGUAUGUAUAAUUUCAAACAUCCUGAGUAUUUUGUGUUAACAUUUUUUUUACAGUUGCGGAACCAAUGUCUGCUUUAAAUUUUACUCUAAACAUGGUUCAAAACAACUGAAUAAAAACAACCUGCUAGCAUGAAGGUAGAGGAAAUGGGCUUGGAUUUAAUAGCCUCCCAAGCAAUAGAAAAAUAAUAGUCAUAUCUUGUACAGCACAAUGCUCUUGCCAAACUUUUUGCCCAUCUACAUUAAUCCCAUUUGUCCACAAUAGGCUAUUUGUUUGGAUGCCUCACAUACAUGGUAGAGAAUCCAGAAACAAUACAUGUUAUAAAAAUAUUCAGUCUCCCUGUAACAAAACAGUUUAAAAUAGUAUAGUUAUUUUAACUUUGUUGCUUUUAAAUACUUAUUAAUGAGAUACCUUGAAAAUUGUUAAAAUCUUUCAAAAAGAACAAACUGAUUACUUUGGACAUACCAAUUCCCUCUGAGUACUCUGCCCACACCUACAAUUUCACUCAUGUUCGGCACAGCCAAUUCUAAAUAAUAGCAAAGAAUUUCCAGGUAAAGUACAAUGAAUAUCUCAAUUGCAAAGAUAUUUUAACUGUACCCUUAUAGUGUGGACAGAUCUUAACCAUUAAAGUUGGGACGAACAUAUUGCAGAGUUUGAUGUUAAUCUUAUAGCUGACAUGGUUUUCUAGAGUCUACAAGGCUUUAAGCAGAGCUCAAUAUAGUUUUGUAGAACAAAUAUUGCAUUUUGUUCACUUUAUAUGGAUUUUGUCGUUAAAACUAUUUUCAGAAAUAUACUUUCUAUUUGACCAACAGAGUACUGAUUGCAGUACUCACAUUACAUGCCUUAUGCAAAACCAUCUCGAUAUCUUAAGAAGCCUGUACCAAUAUAUUUGUGCAGAAAGUUUAAGUUUCAGCAAACCUAUCCACAGGAUUGCUUGGCAUCCUCAUUUAGUGUGUACCUCAAAAUUGCAUCUGCUGCGUACAGAAUCUGGCUCAUUAAUGGGUGAAUGCUACAGGAAACAUAAUCUACAAGAACAGGCAAUGCAUUCUGUUAAUGCUGCCAUAGUUCGGCUAUGUACAGAUGCAUUUGCUCUAAACUUAAGUGUUUACUUAUAACUCCAUCUCUUAUCUAUUGUCAGGUUUUAUUUCAUGAAAUAGCAAUUUAUGAGACACUAGAAACAAAAACAAUGAUUAGAGAGAAAGGAAAAUGUAAAACAUUGAGAGCAAGUCCUGUAGCUCAGAAAUGUCUAAUGAGAUCAUAAAAGCAUUCAAGCAUCUAAUUUAUCUAGGAGUAGUGGUUCUUCUUUGUUCAAUUUCAUUUGCAGCAGCCUUUUUUCUUGUCACAGACAUCUAAAUGCAAGGCAUCUUCUCUCUGUCUGUCUUCUUGUUCACUUAAUAAUCUGCAAACAAUUGUUUUAACAAGUGUUUAAUUAAAAAUGUUAAUUUUUUAUGAGUCCUCUCUGUACACCUUAUUGUGAUAGAAUAUGUUUCACAAGACAUGCCAACUGGUUAAUUUGUAUGUUGAAAAAAAGAUCCUUAGGCCUUUGCUGAACAUGUUCCAUUACUUUCAGAUUAUUUAAAUUACAGUUUAAUGUAGUGUAGCUUGAAUCACAAUAGAUUUGACUUUAAGUUUGAAUUUUGUCCAGUAGCACUGUAUUUCAGAUUUUCACUGCAGUUUGAAUUCUAUUAUCCAAUACACUGCAGUCUAAAGCUCUCCAAUUUACCUCAUCUAAUAUAUUAAAUAUUUAUGCCUUUU